AUGGCCAAGGGUGGGAAACGCCCCAAGGGUAAAAAGAUCACCCUCAGCGUGGCCAAGAAUUGUAUCAAGAUCACAUUUGAUGGGAAGAAACGCCUUGACUUGAGCAAGAUGGGAAUUACCACCUUUCCCAAGUGUAUUCUGAGACUCAGUGAUGUAGAUGAGCUCAACCUUAGCCGGAAUAUGAUCAGGAAGAUUCCAGACUCAAUCUCCAAGUUCCAGAACCUGCGGUGGCUGGACUUGCAUAGCAACUACAUCGACAAGCUCCCUAAGUCCAUCGGCCAGAUGACCUCUCUGAUCUACCUCAAUGUCAGCAACAACAGGCUGACCACCGAUGGGCUGCCUGUGGAGCUCAAUCAGCUCAAGAAUAUCCGCUCUGUGAAUUUCGGUCUGAACCACCUGGACCGCGUGCCCACCACGCUAGGCGCUCUGAAGGAGCUCCAGGAGGUGGGGCUCCAUGACAACCUGCUGAGCACCAUCCCCAACAGCAUCUCCAAGCUCCCCAAGCUGAAAAAGCUCAACACAAAGCGAAACCCCUUUCCCAAAGCAGAGGAGUCAGAUACGUUCGUAGAUUCCAUCAAGAGGCCGGACAACCUACAUCUGGUGGAGGAGAAGGAUCUAUGUGGGCCUUGCCUGAGAAAAUGCCAACAGGCCCAGGACAAGCUGAACAAAAUCAAAAGCAUGGCCACGGUGGAACCGAGAAGGGCCAUCUUUUCCAGUUUGGUCUCACCCAACUCCACGGCCAAGGAAUCCCAGGAAGAGUGGAGGUGA